UUCGGGGUUUAAAUGUGAUCGGGCCUUUUUGGCGAAAUUUUACUUUUUUACAUAAUUACAUAAUUGCAAGUAAAAUAUUAAAAACACAAUAAAAGUAAUAUAUAAAAUAAUUGACAAUAAUAACAAUGACAACAAAUGAAUGGAAAUUAUUACUAUUUAUUACAAUUGGAAUUUUAAUACCAACAGUGAAAGGUCUUCAAUGCUAUGUCUGUGAAGAUUGCAAUGAAUAUCAAGAUUUUAAAGAGCUGAGCAUAUGUGGAGAACUGAAUACGGUGGUGACUCAGAAGCCAAGUCCAUUGCCGGAUGUUGGUACAACAAACACUACUGGUGAUAACAGUGCACCAGCUCAGCUUCCGGCUGAUAACAGCUCACCGGCGGCUACAGGUGGGGAGCCAUCCGAUUCGGGUGCUGCGCCAGCACUCGCACCGGCACCAGCUGAAGUACCAGCACCUGUUCCAGCUCCUGCUCCAGGGCAAGCAACAGCUCCAGGAUCCGGAGCAGGUCCAGGUCAAGCACCUGCUCCAGGACAAGCACCUGCUCCAGGGCAAGCACCAGCCCCAUCUCCGGCUGCUGCUCCAGCACCCGCUCCAGCCCCUGCCCCAGCACCAGCAGAAAAUGAAGAUUAUAAUUACGAUUACAAUGAUGAACCAAAACGUAAUCCAAAUUUGACAGGAGGCUCCAAUAGAAAGACAACAAUGGCAACAACAAUGAAACCGGUAGUAACUGAAGAAAAGACACUGGCAGCCACCAUGAAACCAGGUGGCAGUGGUGUUUCAUCCUCCACAGUAAUGGUGUCAAAUGCAGCAUCAGCAUCGACCUCAGCACCCGCUGUACCAUCAUCCUCAUCCUCGCCGGCACCUUUGCCCUCAUUCUCCCCUGAGGCUCCUGUCAAUCCUGCCCCUCAGCCACAGGACUAUGAUUACAUGGAAUAUGAAGAUCCCAAAUCGUUUGACCCCUCGCGAACGAAAUUAUCGACGGGAGCUUUACUGAAACUAGAGGAGCCUGUAUGUUUUAUGUACCGAUAUUAUGCAAACAACACCAUCUUCACAAAUCGUGGCUGCACCACCCUCUUGAAUGCCAAUAAAUUCCUCACCUGUCAGAGUCUAUCGAACGGUUACCCCAUGGUGGGCUGUCGCAUCUGUGAAACCGAUGGCUGUAACAAAUACGAUUUGGAUGAGGUCAAUGAUGAUCAUCUCAACGGAGCUGGGAAGGUGAAUGCCGUGACGGCAAUCUUAGUCGCGGUGACCAGUUUGAUUUUUCAAAAUAUUUACUAAUGCUAAUUUAAAGUUAAUAAAAAUUGAAUUUUUAUUUAAUAAUUUUGCAAAUAAGUAUAAGAAGAAGAAGAAUAUAAUAAAGGCCAAAGGCCCCUUUCCGGAAAUAAGGUUCAGGAA